GUAAUUGGAAACUUAUUGGCAAAACGUUUUUCCAUACCAUACGAAAUGCGUCUCUUCGUGGUGGUAAUUAUUGGUGUCCUCUGUGCACUACAAUUAUCUGGUUUAUCGGAGGCAAAACCAUGGAUAAAAGAAUUGCUUGAGUUUAAAAAGGCUCUCCUUUCAAAAGCAAUUGAGUAUAUGCCACAGUCACGAGCACCAACAAUAAGGAGAGAAAUACAUCAGUAUAAACUAUCAUGCAUUGAUGAAGUUAACGAAUUCGCCAAGGGAAAUAUGCCAGAAAUGCCCCAAAAAGCUAAAGACUCGAGUGGGACAGGGAAGUUACAGGACCCGAGGAUAACACCAGAGAAUUCACAAAACAUAUCAAUUACAAACUUUAAUAUCAUUCUUCAAUCGCUACGAGACGUUUUUAGGAAAGAAGAAAAUUUGGCGCAAAAGAAACUGAUAGAACAACUUAUGAUACUGGUCCAAAAUUUAAUCAACCAAAAAUCUGAGCGAGAUAGUCCAAGUCUUCCCAGUAAUUUUGUGUUGGUGGCUAUCAAGAAUCUUUUGAUUAACACUCAAAAUAAUCAUCAGAGUGAAAAUUCGAAAAAAUAUGUUCCCAAUUAUGCAGAGAUUUUAAAAAUUCUUCUAGGACAAACACGAAUUACUGAUUCCAGUCAAUUAGAUAUAAUCAUCCAACAAGAAACCGUAGUUCCAGAAAGAUCAAACAUCGAAGAAGCGCUCGGAAUUGUUGUUGAGAAAGUGUUGCCACCGACACAAAGUGGUUCGUUUAAUUUUACCAUUGAAUUGGAAGAACCCACGGUGGUAAUACAUGAAGUGAAAGAAUUGUCUGACAGACGAACUAAUGAUGUAGGAAAACAAUCCUCAGACCAGCAAGUUGGUGAUGAAGAAAAGCAAUCCACGGACCUACAAGAUGAUGAUGGAGAAAAAGAAUCCUCAGAAAAGCAAUUGGACGAUGUAGAAAAACAAACAUCAGACAAUCAAUUGGAUGACGUAGAAAAACAAUCCUCAGACAAACAAGCUGAUGAGGUGAAAAAUGAGUCCUCAGACAAACAAGCUGAUGAGGUGAAAAAUGAGUCCUCAGACAAACAAGCUGAUGAGGUGAAAAAUCAGUCCUCAGACAAACAAGCUGAUGAGGUGAAAAAUGAGUCCUCAGACAAACAAGCUGAUGAGGUGAAAAAUCAGUCCUCAGACAAACAAGCUGAUGAGGUGAAAAAUCAGUCCUCAGACAAACAAGCUGAUAAUGCUGUAAAGCCGAGAAGCCCGUUUUUCUGGGGAGUUGGUCUUGGAGCAUCAGCUAGCGCUACCGUCGUAGCAAAAGCUCACUGGGGAAGUGGAUCACGAAAAAUGCGUUCUCCACGUGUGUAUCGUCCCUGGUAUUAUCCAGUUCCAGUACCAGUACCAGUACCAGUAGUACCCUACCCUCCUUAUCCUUAUCCUUAUCCUUACUAUCCUCCUUGGACCUAUCCACAUUUCAGAACUGAGAGGCAGAAACAGAUAAUUAGGUUUGAAUUGAAUCGUCUAAUAAGGCUUUGCGUGCAAAGGAAAGUCUUACAAGCUAGAGCAACAAACAGAUUAUUAACCCUUUCAACUCCCGAAACGGCAAAAUUAAUUUAAUGUUUAUAUAUGUAUGUAAAUUUACUAUUUACUAUUAUAUAAAAUAAAUUGAUGCAUUCCAAAAUGUUAGUCCUGAAUUUCAAUUAACAAAGUUUAAGUUCAGAAAAUACAUCGAUUCGUUUUAAUGACCAGAACAAAUCGAAAUAUUUAAGAUUUCGAAAUGUAAUUCUUGAAUAGACUCAGAUUUUCAGAAAUAUUUCGUGUCAUAUAAGAAGAAUAUCAGCACUGUAAACAAAGUAAUGUUUUUGUUUAGAACAAUAAUAUUGAGCAACACCAAAAUAAAACAAUCGACAAUUUUUAGAAACGAUCAUCGAUUUGUAUGUCAUUUAUAUAGUAGUCGUGAUCUAGAGCCAGAUUUGGGUUCAAAAAAGCUCUGUUCCCUCUAUUACAUACAUUUUAGCCACUAUAAUAUAUCAUUUCAUUCUAUAAGUGCAGUAGUUUUAAUGAGUCAGAGAUUAAAUGUGUUUGGGAGUAUUACGAAUUGGAGUUUCAGUAUUGUCCUUUUGUAAUAGUAAUCGAUAAUUGAUUGUGAUCAACCGUAUAAAGGUUAAAUGUUAAUGCGGAACCCGCAGCCGUUGUAAAUGCAAUGGAACUCUAACCAAUUGCAUUAUCCAUGGAUAUUGCUUAUAAAAGCUAACAACAAUUCCUAGCCACUACUUAGUAGAAUCUCAAAAUGAAAGUUUGUGUGCUGUAUUUAAGUAUUUUUACUCUGUUACAACUGCAGUGUAAAUUUGUACAAUCCACUGACGAACUAUGGCUGCCGAGACUCGAUAAAUUUUCAGCAAUUUUAAGUGAAUGCGAAUCCAAGUACAGGGCUCCACAGUUUGCUCGCCCACGCCCACUGGGCAACUUGCCACCAAAAGGCAAAAUUUCAAUGAGCAGCUCUGCUAACGCCAGGGAGGAUGAAGUAAUUAAAGCAUUGUCCAAUAUCAAGUUCAAUUCUGGUGCAGUUCAAGCGGACGUAAGUAACGGAUUGGAUUUAACCGCUGGCAAAAAUCGAAAAUUAAUUGAUAGUGCCAGAAACGAUCAAUCGUCCAUUAGCAGCUCCCUGAAUAUCGAUCUUAGCGGUAAAAGAAUCGAUAGGAAGAAUCCAAUCCGAUCACGAACGCCAAGGAAACCUCUAAAAAGCCGCAAACCAAUCGUUAUCAAACCGAGAACGAGAGCCGAAAGAGGAGGCAGUCCAAUAUCGAUAUCAAUCGGCGAUACCAAUGCCAAUAAUCAGGUCGUUAUGGCCGCUCCACCAACACCACCACCACCACCACCACCACCACCACCGCCCAUCAACAACAUCGUGACCAUUAACAAUAGCAAUACCAAUGCAGACAAACCACAACCGAGGACAUUAAAUAACUUUAAAUUACCCCCAGCUGAGCGUAAGGAAAGAUUAUACAUUAAAAUUGCCGGUUGUGUCCAAGAAAGACUAUUAGCCUUAUACCGAAAGACAUCCUCGUAAACAUGACUUAUUUUACCUUUUGCGAUUAACUCAGAAUGAGCUAUAGCUAAUUAAACGUUUUGUAAUAAAUAUAUUUCGAAAAUAAACCUUUCCAAAAGAAAAUACUAUUGUAAUGCAUGUCAUCUCGCUUUCAGCACACUGUGGCACACCUAUUGACCAAGUGUAGUAUCUUAAGUUCUUUUCACGUGGCAUCUUAUUGCAAUUUUCAAAAAGUUUGCCAAAUUUAAUUCUUUUACCUCUUUAAGUAACUCGAUAGGCUAACCUCAGCUUUUAGUGCUAGUCUUGAAUUUAUUUUCAAUGGAAAUACUUUUUUCAAUUCGUUAAAUCUCUAUUUGCGCUAUAAAUUUGCAGAUGACAGAAAUUGGACGUAUUUGAAAUUGCUUUGCAGACAAUCUGCUCAUCUUUUUUUGUUGUCUUUAAUAUAAUCUCUUUCUGAAGGGACUUCGAAAUAUAUUUUAUAUAUGUUAAAGGUUAAUCAGAAAAAUAUGACUACAGAAUUUGUACUCCCCAUGUGACAUUCUUCUCACUUAUAAAAGUAUAAUCCAAUAGGAUUCGGAUAAGCUGAUCACAAAUAGAUUGGAUCGUAAUCAAGCGUAAAAGGGUUAAAUAAGAAUCCGGAACUAGAAGUUGCAAAUGCAAUGGAACUCUAACAAAUUGCAUUAUCCACGGAUCUUGCCUAUAAAAAGCAUCAACAGUUUAUAGUCAGCACUUCUUGUUAGUGGAACCCCGAAAAUGAGAGCUUGCUUGCUUUAUUUAUGUAUAUUUACUCUGCUUCAGAGUAGAUAUGUACUGUCUAGAAUACUUCACGAGGUCAAAAUAACUGGAUUACCCUCGAUCGUAGAAAGUUGCCAACGUGAAGUAAAUGGUGAAAACAACGUUGGUUCGCUGCUGACAUUGGACAACGAAUCGACAUCCAAUAAGAGGGUGGACCUAAAGAGUUCUGCAAGGACUCAAGGUGAUGGCGCAGCUCAGUCAUCAUCCAAUGUAAACAUUAGAAAUGGUGAGCGCGUUCUGUCUAUUUCCAACAGUGUGGAUUCGGGCCAGCGGAGAGGACGACUACCCCGAAGAUCGAACAAUGGCAGAAACGAUCAAUCUUCCGUGGACAGUUCGGUAUCUGUCAACCUUGGCGAUGCGUUAUCCAAUAAUAAUCCUUUGCGUGGUUCCCGAAUUGUUCGAUUAAAACCCUAUCCUAGAACUGCUCAAGGAAAGAAAAGUAACCCAAUAUCUAUAUCAAUUGGUGACAGCAACGCCAAUAAUCAAAUCAUUCAGGAGGAUAGUCAACCAACCCAACCACCUCGAUCCCCCUCCCUGCUUGACCUUCUCCCACCACCUCAAACCCCCUCCGUGCUUGACCUUUUCCCACAACGUCAACAAUCCUCCUCCCUGCUUGACCUUCUCCAACCGCGGUCACCAUGGGAAUUCGGAAUAAACGUUCAAGGAGGUAAGAAGAGGCCCAAAACUGCUCCUAUCCCUUCGGGGCCCAUAUGGAAACCUUCAUAUGCCCAAAUCGCCAGGUGUAUUAAAAGGAAACUAAUUGAAGCUUUAUCUAACUAAAUUUAAUUAUUUCCAAUAAACGCUUGCGCAUUACCAAUUAUAAUUGGAAAGAAA